GUAAGAAUCAGGUGCCCUUUUCCAUAAUUUUCAUAUGUAGAGCCAAACAUGGCUUCGAUCGAUAGGCUGAGCAGCUUGCAGGACGAAGUCAUAUGCCACAUUCUCUCUUUCCUCCCAACAAAGUUCUCAGUGGCGACCAGCGUCCUUGGACAAAGAUGGAGGUUUCUAUGGGCCCAUGUACCCUCUCUGCAUUUCAAUGGAGUAAAUUUCGGGGAAGAAGGAACACAAGCCUCGGACAUCGUUAACAGGCUUGAUAACAAUAGAGCGUCACUCUCUGCUGUGAAAAAUGUGUCUCUGCCCAGCCUCAAGAAGUUAUAUGUUUAUCAUCUUAUAUGUGAGAAUGAUGAUGCACUUCCUCGUUUUCUUUCCGGCUGUCCUUCGCUCGAGGUGUUGAAUAUGACAUUCAAGUUUGUGGAAGAAGAUGAUUAUGUGGGCUGCAUAAAUAUAUCAUCACCCACGAUAAAGAUGCUUCAGAUUAGAUUUGACUUUGACUGUUUCUCUUUCUCCUCUUUCUCACUUAACCCUAAAUAUAGGAUGGUAAUAAAUGCCCCGGCCCUUAGGUACCUCGAAGUGUAUGGCUAUGACUUGAAGUGUAUAACAAUUCCUAUAACCUUGAUCUCCUUAGUUGAGGCAGACAUCAUCUUCGAUUCUUGUCGCUUCUCAAAGCUCGAAACGGAUUACAAUUCCACGUUGGUGAAGUUUCUUCACUCUCUGUCUUAUGUAAAAUGCCUAAUGAUAUCAGGUCGGGACUUUGAGGAGGAACAAAUUCCGCCGAGGACGCCGGUGGCCAUACAACUAAGUGGACUUUCGGAUGGAGAGCAAAACAUGGCUUGGAUCGACAGGCUGAGCAGCUUGCAGGACGAAGUCAUAUGCCACAUUCUCUCUUUCCUCCCAACAAAGUUCUCAGUGGCGACCAGCGUUCUCGGAAAAAGAUGGAGGUUUCUAUGGGCCUAUGUACCCUCUUUGCAUUUCAGUGAAGACGAUUUUAGGGAAGAAGGAACACAAGCCUCGGACAUCAUUAACAGGGUUUUAUUUCGGCACAAGGCGAAAAGAUUGGAUAUUUUAACACUCAAUGGCAUCAACUGCAACGAGUUUCAAUUGGAGACAUUCAUUACAACUGCCAUCGACCGUAGUAUCCGGAAUCUUUAUCUUGAACUUGACUUGGAUACAUUCCCUUUAUUCCUCUUCAACUGCAAAACCAUUGUCGACUUGAAGCUUGAUAACAGUAGAGCGUCACUCUCUGCUGUGAAAAAUGUGUCUCUGCCUAGCCUCAAGAAGUUAUAUGUUUCUAAUCUUAUAUGCGAGAAUGAUGAUGCGCUUCCUCGUUUUCUUUCCGGCUGUCCGUCGCUUGAGGAGUUGAAUAUGAAAUUCACGUUUGUGGAAGAAGAUGAUUAUGUGGGCUGCAUAAAUAUAUCAUCACCCACGGUAAAGAUGCUUCAGAUCGAAUGUGACAAUUCAUGUAAACUUGAAUAUAGGAUGAUAAUAAAUGCCCCGUCCCUUAUGUAUCUCGAAGUGUAUGGCUAUGACUUGGAGUGUAUAACAAUUCCUAUAACAUUGAUCUCCUUAAUUGGGGCGGAUAUCAGCUUAAAAGUUUAUUCAUUCUCAAAUCUCAAAACAAAUCACACUUCCACAGUGGUGAAGUUUCUUCAUUCUCUGUGUUAUGUAAAGUGCCUAAAGAUAUCAUGUUGGGAAUUUGAGGAGUUUGUUCAUAGAGGAGUUGCUUGUUCAACCGUAAAGUUUGAUAAUUUAACAAAACUUAAAGUCCUAUUUAACUUCAAAUGGAGUGUGCUUGUAAAGUUCCUUGAAGUUGCUGAUAAUCUUCAAGUCCUUACUGUCCUUACUGACAGACUAAAUAUCGGUGUCGUUCUUGAU